AUGGCCUCAGCAGGAGAACGUAUUUCUGAGGUGGCCAAGCAGGAAGGUGAUAACAGUAAAGGUUCAACAGCAGCACAAAUGCAAUCUAAUCUCUCGAAAGGCCGAAAUCUUGAAGAGACAGCUGAGCAAGUAGCCGGCAAGGUGGCAUCUAAUCCUUCGUCAGUAACGGAAGAGGAUGCCCAGACGUUACAAUCUCGCACUUCUCGUUAUCAGCGCGGCGGCCAACCACCAUCCGAUUCUUUAGCGGCACAAGCCCAAUCCGUGGCCGCAGGGAAUGAUCAAGGCGUUGGAUCUAAUACCACGUCUACUCUGACUGCGGAACAGCAGAGUCAGCUAGAUCGUGAAGCAAAUUAUAAGCAGCAAGCGGACUACGUCACCAAAAAGCUCGAGACGGAACCCGGCAAUGUGACAAGGGAGGAUGGAAAUACCAUGCACUCUCGUGAGCAGCGCGCCUUUAGGACUACCGAGAAAGGAGGGUUGAGCUCUGCUGCUAAGUCACAGGUUGCUGAGAAUGAGGGUACAAAAAAGUGA